CCAUUAUUCUUCAUGGUAUCGGAGCCUAAUUAAACAAAAAAAGAAACCCUAACCCUACCUCUCGGCUCUCCCUCUCCCUCUCGGCAGUUCCAGCGGCAGCGCCGCCUCUCCCUCUCGUCGCCGGCAGCAGCCCCUCUCCUCCUCUCCUCCCUUCGUCGCCGGCUCUCUUCUCUCCAAUGGCCGACAACGAGGUCACCUCCAACACCAACGCCACCCUGGCAAAGACUCCUCAUCUAGCUUUCACGACGAUCUCCAACGUCAAACUCCAUGUUCCGGUUCUUCUCAGCCUCUCUCAACCGAACUACAAAAAGUGGAGUUGCCUCUUUCUCCUCCUGGUUCGCCGAUUCAAUCUCCAAGACUACAUCAACGGCUCUGUCGUCCCCCUCUCUGAAGACGACGAUGAAUGGCUCCAACUUGACGCUCUCCUCCACGGAUGGAUUCUGUCCACCAUCUCCGACGAAGUCUCCGAUCUGGUUAUCUCCUCUGUCUCCACCGCUUCUGCUCUCUGGAAGGUUAUUCACGAUCUGUUUCACGACAACAAGAACGCUCGUGCCAUGCAACUAGAACACGAGUUCCGCACCACCGUCAAAGGCAACAUAACCAUGGCGGCCUAUUGUCAACAUCUGCAAAAUCUUGCCGAUUGGCUAGACGAUGUUGAUGCCCCGGUGUCCCAGCACCAACUUGUUCUUCAGAUGCUUCGUGGUCUCCCCGCGGAUCUGCAGGCCCAGACAUCUUUUCUUCAAUUUCAGGAUCCGCUGCCCACUUUUCUACAAGCCCGCUCCGCUCUCAUGUUAUUGGACCGGCAGCGGUCUCCCAUGGCCACCGGUAGCACGGCUCUUCUCGCCGGUCAGCCCGGCGCCAACAACGGCAGUCGGCAACCAUCCAGCGGCGGCAGCGGGAAGGGGGGGCCAGCACGGCGGCAGCAGCGGUGACAGCUUCCAUGGCGGCGGGCUCCAGCACGGCGGCAGCUACGGUGAGGGCAGCUCCUUCGAACAACGCAACGGCUACGGACGCGGCGGCGGGCGAGGCAACGGCUCUCGAGGUAGAGGUCGUGG